UCCGCCGGGCAGCGCCAUGGCCAGAAAGCGGAGGGGAGCGGCCCGGCCCGCGGCGGCCACGAAGAGGCGGUCCGGGGGGCUGGGGACACCGCGGGGCGAGCUGGAAGGGGAGCCGGAGGAGGGUGAUUUUGAAGAGGAAAAGGUCAGUGUAAAGAAAAAUGGCUCGAAAGUUCCGACUAGAGAGGAGGAAGAGGAUGGUGUUACUGGGGUUUCCGACCCAGCAAAUGAGCCUUCAAAACAGAAAGGGGCAAAAUCACUAAUAAAAGAAAAUAAAAAAAAUACUAGAAAUAAAAGGAAUCGUAACAACGAAGAAAUGUGCAGUGACCCGCUGAUGCCCCCUCAGAAGGAGUUGAAGAAAGAAUCUCCUGUUAAAAAAGAAUCUCUCCCUCAGAAGGAGAUAAAGUUGAAGAAAGAAUCUCCUGUUAAAAAAGAGAUGGAUGAAGACAACGAUGAUGAUAAUGAAAGUGAAGAUGAAUGGGAGGAUGUAGAAGAACUCCAGGAACCUGCCACAGUUAAGUUAGAAGAAACUGCUUCUCUUCAAGCAGUGGUGCUGCCAAGCAAUCCUGUUGAGAUAGAGAUUGAAACCCCAGAACAGCUGAAGAAAAGAGAAAGGAGAGAAAAAAGGAAGGCUGAGUUUGAGAUCUAUCUCCGGAGAAUGAUGAAACGUUUUAGCAAGGAGGUUCGUGAGGACACACAUAAGGUUCACCUCUUGUGUUUAUUAGCAAAUGGUUUCUAUAGGAACAGGAUCUGCAGCCAGCCAGAACUUCAUGCCAUUGGUCUAUCUGUCAUCCCCACCCACUUCACUAAAGUGCCUGCUGACCACGUGGACCUUCUCUACCUUUCCAACUUGGUGAAAUGGUUUGUGGGAACCUUCACUGUCAAUGAUGAGCUUUCCACUGAAAAAGGAGAGUCCCUUCAGUCGACCUUGGAGAGGCGCUUUGCCAUCUAUGCUGCACGAGAUGAUGAGGAGUUAGUUCAUAUAUUUUUAAUUAUUCUGCGAGCAUUACAGCUGCUGUGUCGCCUCGUGCUGUCUUUUCAGCCUCUUCCUCUCAAGGAAACAGGAGCAAAGGGAAAAAGCUCAUCCAAGAGGCAGUCUCUCAGUGCUGCUUCCGAGGGGCAGGAGAGCUCAGCUGUAAUGCCCAAAGCUGAGGCAAAAAAAUGCCCCUGCAAAAAAGCCAAGCAGGAUGAGAAAUCCUCAGAGAGAGAAAAAGACAACAAGGAGCCAAAGAAACCCAAAACUGCUCAGACCAAAAGGUUGUGCAAGUCAAAGUUAACUACAGGCAGCCAAGAACAAAAAGAAUCGGGUAAUGAGGAGAGCAGUUUAGCAGAAAAAGAUGUUCUGGUCAGACCCAAGAAUGAUCGCCGGCGGCGAGUGGCCUCCAAAGUGUCUUAUAAAGAAGAGAGUGAAAGUGAUGAGGGCAGUGCCUCGGACUUUGAGAUUUCAGAGGAGGAGAGUGAUCUCUCUGAUGAGGAUUUUGUACCUGUCUCUAAAAGGCGGAAGAGCUCACUGGACUCCCAGAAUUCAAAGGUAACAGCUACAAAAAGCCCCAGAAUUGAGGCUUCGGAAUCAAGGCUGUCUAAAAAUUCAUAUGGAGCUGAGCCUAGGCCAGCAAAAAGUGCAGCUUCAGCCUUGCCUCAUGCACAGAGAAAGAGAAACAAAAUAAUUUCUAGUGAUGAAGAUGAUGGACAGCAGGAGGUAAGGAAAGCGAUGGGCACAGACCAGUGGCUGGAAGUUUUCCUUGAACAUGAGGAAAAUUGGGUGUGUGUAGACUGUGUUCAUGGCAGCGUUGGCCAGCCCCAGCUGUGCUUCAGGAAUGCCACGAAGCCACUUUCCUACAUUGUGGGAUUUGACAAUGAUGGGAGUGUCAGGGAUGUGACACAAAGAUAUGACCCAGUGUGGAUGACUGCAACAAGGAAGAGCCGCGUGGACCGUGAGUGGUGGGAAGACACACUUCAGCCAUAUAAAAGUCCCUAUGUGGAAAGAGACAUGAAAGAGGAAAAUGAGUUUCAGGUCAAGCUUCAAGAUCAACCUCUACCAACAGCAAUUGGGGAGUACAAAAACCACCCUCUUUAUGCACUGAAGAGACACCUCUUGAAAUAUCAGGCCAUUUAUCCUGAGUCAGCUGCUAUCCUAGGGUACUGCAGGGGGGAGGCUGUCUACUCCAGAGACUGUGUACACACACUGCACUCUAAGGACACUUGGCUGAAGCAAGCUCGGGUGGUGAGGAUUGGAGAAGUGCCUUACAAAAUGGUGAAAGGCUUUUCCAACCAGGCCAGGAAGGCACGCCUUGCAGAGCCCGCAAACCGGGACAAGGAGGACCUGGCUCUGUAUGGUCGCUGGCAGACAGAGGAGUAUCAGCCACCUGUAGCAGUGGAUGGAAAGGUUCCUCGGAACGAAUAUGGAAACGUCUAUCUCUUCCUGCCAUCCAUGUUACCCAUUGGCUGUGUGCAGCUGAGACUCCCAAAUCUGAACAGAUUGGCACGGAAGCUGGACAUUGACUGUGCUCAAGCCAUCACUGGCUUUGAUUUUCAUGGUGGCUACUCACACCCAGUUACUGAUGGCUACGUUGUCUGUGAGGAGUACAAAGAGAUCCUCAUUGCUGCCUGGGAGAAUGAGCAAGCAGAAAUAGAAAAGAAGGAGAAGGAGAAGCGUGAGAAAAGAGCUCAGGGGAAUUGGAAGCUGCUGACAAAAGGACUUCUCAUCAGAGAGAGACUGAAGCAACGCUACUCCAUCAAAACUGAGCCGUCAGCACCUGAGUCAGAGAAAGGAGCUGGAUUCUCUUCUGAUGAAGGAGGUCCAAGUUCAGAGACUGCAGUGGGGAACAUGGCCAUUUUUUGGCCCCAAAAUCGCCAGUUAGAGAAAAAAAAAGAAGAGAAGACAACCAGAAAGAGCAAGCGAGAAAAGAAAGAAGAAGCAGCACAGUUGUUCCCUUUUGAGAAACUGUGAUGGGAACAAGUGUUUCUUUGUCAUUUUCCAGAUGCAAGAACCCUAGUGACACCAGAAGUAUCACUUGCCAGUUAAGGACGUAGUCUCCCUGUGCACUGGUGUUUCUGAGCUAUCAAGGACCAGCCUAAUUCAGUAUCGAGUUUCUUUUGCUGUCACAGGUAAUUAGGUUCAUGCUUUUCUCCUUGGGCUUAGGAGAAGCAGAUGUGCAGUUGUACCUUCUGAGAAGAUCACUUUGAGCUGUUGAGAUUUUUUGCUCUCUUUUGCAUCAUUCAGCAUUAGAAAUUCUGUUUUCUGAGGCAUUCCUUUCAUUAGCACUGUAUUUUCCCAUUUUCAUCCUUUCCAUUUUUUCUGCAUGCCCAGAACUAAAGCAUGAGGCUGCUAUUUCACAGUCUGUGGUGAGCUGGCCAAGGUACUACUGACACCUUUGAUUCAUACUUUAUCCAAAUCAGUAAGACUUAGAACUUGACCUCACCACUAUCUCAUCAUCACAGAAGGGAAAACACUUCCUCUAAGGUGUAAAGAACACAAUCAAGCUGGGGAGGAAUCUGAAAAUGCACUUUAAAGAAUACCUGCCUUUUUGAAAACUUAAAUUUUGGCUUUUCAGCCUAUAACCUUCCUUUACUUUCAGAAAUCCUGUGCAUUAGAAGGGAGAAGCCGUGUCCUCAUUUCAAACUUAAGUUUAAAUAUGUCUUCUUAAGUCAUUUGAACGUAUUUCUAUUUGUUUUGUUUUACUCAAGACCAUGUGGAUAUGUUCUGGAGCAAAAACAUGUAAAACUGUCUGUCAGAAGCAAAACUCAUUGCAACCAGAGAGCUCUUGUAAAUGUUAUCCUGUAGCUAAACAAUUUAAAAGCUGUUAAGAGAGGAAUGUUAAAUCUACACAAGCUUUUCAUGCAGUUCUGUUAUAGAAAUGCUGAUCUGUCUUUUGCAGUGUUUUUAUAACUAAAUUACACUGACGCUGUCUCUUCAAAAAUAAAGGGGAAUACAGUCUAGUCAUUGCUGGACAUUGUUACAGAGGAAAGACUGAAAUGCUAGAAAGUGGCUUAUGUUUAAUCCUGGUCAGAUUAAAAAAAUAUAUCUAUUUUUGUACUGCAUUUAUAGAACAAAAUAAAGUAUGAAAGAAUAA